AUGACCAUGAUGGGCAUCAAGACCGCCCACAUGGACAAGAACGGCGACGUCAAGGCCACCAACGGCACCUCGCCCAACGGCCGCCCCCAGCCUGUGCGCCAGGGCUCCGUCACGAGGAAGGAGGGGCCCGGCGCGCCCUACAAGCGGUUCUGGCUCAACGACGACGGCUCCCACGAGCACGUCCUCAAGGUCGCCAAGCGCCAGGAGAAGCUAUCCGACAUGUUCCAGAGUCUCAUGCUCGGCAAGAAGAAGGGCGACAAUGCCGAGGACCAGCCGCUCAGUCUCAUGUCAAAUUGGGUCGACGUCAUGCGCAACGAGAAGGAGAAGCUCGCCGAGCAGAAGAACGCCGUCAACGCCCUCCCGCAGACACUGGUCCAGAAGUACGGCAAGUGCCAGGAGGUCGUUGGGCGCGGUGCCUUUGGUAUCGUCCGCGUCGCACACAAGCAGGACCCCAAGGACUCGAAACGAGAGCAGCUCUAUGCCGUCAAGGAGUUCAAGCAAAGACCCGGCGAGUCGGCCAAGCGGUACCAGAAGCGCCUCACAUCCGAAUUCUGCAUAUCCUCUUCGAUGCAACAUCCCAACGUCAUUACCACGCUCGACCUGCUCCAGGACGAAAAGGGCACAUACUGCGAAGUUAUGGAAUACUGCUCUGGGGGUGAUCUGUACACGCUCGUCCUCGCAGCUGGCCAGCUCGAGGUGGCCGAGGCAGACUGCUUCUUCAAGCAGCUGAUGCGCGGUGUAGAGUACAUGCACGAGAUGGGAGUUGCACAUCGGGACCUGAAGCCCGAGAACCUGCUCCUCACCACCCACGGGUCGAUCAAAAUCACAGACUUUGGCAACGGCGAGUGCUUCCGCAUGGCCUGGGAGAAGGAGGCACACAUGACAGCCGGUCUCUGCGGCUCAGCCCCCUACAUUGCGCCUGAAGAGUACGUGGACAAGGAGUUCGACCCCCGUGCCGUCGAUGUGUGGGCUUGCGGCAUCAUCUACAUGGCCAUGAGGACCGGGCGCCACCUCUGGCGUGUGGCUCAAAAAGGCGAAGACGAGUUCUUCGACCGCUACCUCGAGGACCGGAAAGAGGAGGAGGGUUAUCGACCCAUUGAGGUAUUGCGAAGAGUGAGUCUUAGCCUAGAUCAUUUUUGGAAUUUUGCUAACAACCCCCAGCGACAAUGUCGUAACGUCAUCUACUCAAUCCUCGAUCCUAUACCUGCCCGCCGCCUGACUGCGCACCAAGUGCUCGCUUCUGAAUGGGUCUCCGAGGCCAAGGUCUGCCGUGCAGGCAACGAAGGCUUCUAG